GUUUUUGCGUUAAGUGAGAAAAUGGAAUACUUCUGCAUUUGACAGUUGAAACUCAUCGUAAUUUUUUAAGUGCUUGAAAAUAUAUAAUCAUCACCAAAGUACGGAGUCCCUACAGUUUUAUCUUGUGCCCACAGGUUAAUUAUCUGGUUUGAACAAGGUAAUUAUCUUGUGAGUACAAGUUACCAUCUAUAAAAAAGUAGCAAGUAGACCUCGUUAUCUUGUAAGCUGUUAUCUUGUUUGCACAGGAUAAGUGGAGAAAUUGAAUGGUCAGAGUUAUGUUGACAUUUAAGAUGUGUUGAUUGAUUUACAAUAUUAACUCGUGCAUUUAGUGACAUGCAAGAAAACAUUCCAUUUUAAAAGUUGCAGGUAGCUGCUGGCAGCACAGUGAAUUAUGCUUUUUUUCUAUAGCUAGCUAACUAUUAAACAAGUCAGCAAAACAUCCUUUAAUUUUAUAGUUACAACGUACUAAUGUAGGUACCUGCUACUGUGGGAUCAGUGGUUAAAUUACCUUUGAAAUGAGCCACAAGUUAAAGGAACAGUGUGUAAGAUUUAGGAGGAUUUAGUGACAUCUAGUGUUGAGAAUUGCAGAUUGCAACCAGCUAAAAUAUCUCCCUUUCAGAAUUCCUUCAGUGUUCUUUGUUCAGGAGGCUUUUACCAAGAGCCAACUUAUCAGCAGAGGUCUCUUCCUCUCCAAAACAAACUGACCAGCUAAUUAAAACUGGUAGAAAAUACUGAAAAGAGCAGUUUCACAUUACAAAUCAGUGUUUCUCCGACGCUGUUUGGCAUGUCUAAAAUGGGCGGCUUAGCCACCACAUGCUAUAUGUGCGUACUUUUUUUUCUGAUCCAGACAUUCAGGAGGUUUUACAUGUUUACAUGUAGGUGAAUUCCACAGAGGUCUCUUCUUCUCCAAAGCAAAUGGUCCUGGUGAUCAAAUCCGGCAAAAAUACUGAAUAAAGCAGUUUCACAUUACAAAUUAGUGUUUUUCCAACACUGCUCAUUGCAGAUGGGCUUUUAACAACAGCAGCCGAUGUGAAAACACGAAUGGCCCCAUCUGGAGCCAGUGUUUAGUGUGUCCAUUGUGGGCUACUAUAGAGACAUGGCAGUGAACAUGGAGUUCUUCAUAAACGAGGACCCACUCCCUAUGUAGAUAUAGACGGCUCAUUCUAAUCUAAUAUAACAAAAACAAAAUGAUUCUUAUUUUCAGGUGAUUAUACACUAAAAAAUAUAUACUUAUUAUGUUGUGUUCCAUUCCUGCUAAUAUAUGCACCAAAAUCCUACACACUGGACCUUUAACAAUGCACACGCAUCCUUGGUGCAUUGCAAUACUUAAACAAAUAGCACUGCACCCUGGCCCUGCCUCCAGUUGGUCAAUAUGUUUUUUUGUUUUGUUUGUUUUUCAGGUGUAGUUUACAGCUGGUGCUCGUAUAAAAUUGAAAUUGUAAUAUAUUGCGGGGAUAAAAAUCUAACUCACUGCAGCAGACAGAUUAUUAUGCAGGCUGCCCAAAAGCAAUCAUUUUCACCAGGAUUGCUCUACUUUUCUUCAAACGACAAAAAAAAUCGGCCUUAAAAACAGCAUAACUUCUACAGAUGGUGUAUUUGAAUAAGUACCAUGCUAUCAACUUAUUGCUCACGUCACAACCUGUUCCAAGAGCAUUUCUUUGUCAUUUAAAACUUGUUUGCAGUUAAUUUGCAGGGUAUAUUUUGAUUUUUAGGCAACUGCAGUAGACAAAACAUCCUGAUCGUGUGCAAUUGUCCUGUGUGUGAUAUUUACUUUAGUCCUGUUUGUGUUUGACUUAGUUUGAACUCUGGCUCAGUGGUGUUCAAUGAUUGACUGAAAAGUUACUCCUCUUCAUUCUCUCUCCACUCUCUGUCAUGAAAACUCUUUUCUACAAAUCUCUCCACCCUCUCUUCCUUCCAGCUCCGGGACAUAUGAGAAGUGUUUCCUUGAAUUCUGAUUGGCUGCCUGCUGUCCGGUGGAAGUAGUCAUGUAGAUACACCCAGCACACAUAUGGAGCUGAUUAGACAUGGAGAAGCUGUGAUGUCAUCCACGACUGCCUCAUCUCACUGAGGUGGACAACACACUGAGGUUGACAUACGAGAGAUCCGGGAGCUGCGGUUGGGGAAGGGCUCCCGUGAUUUUGAGCGCUACCCGGAGGAGGCCCGUAAACUGGACUCCGCCCACUGCUUCAUCGUACUCUAUGGCCUGGAGUUUCGCCUCCGGACGCUCAGUGUUGCUGCCUUCAGCGAGGAGGAGGUCAACAUGUGGAUCACUGGUCUCAACUGGCUGAUGAUUGACACUCAGAGAGCGCCUGCCCCACAACAGAUAGACAGGUGGCUGAGGAAACAGUUUGAGGUCAUGGACAGGAACCACGAGGGCAGCAUCACAGUGAAGGAUGUAAAAGCUCUGCUGCCUCAGGUCAACUACAGAGUCCCCAACAUGCGCUUUCUUAAAGACAAGCUGCAGGAGGUGGAGGCCAGGAGCGACCUGUCCUACCCCAAUUUCUCACAGCUCUACAAAACACUGAUGUUUGACGCACAGAAGAGCAUUAUUGAGCAGCUGGAGCUCUCCUUCCCUUUGCGGAAUGUUGACAGACCAGAGCUUUGUCAGAUCUCCCUCUACGACUUCCAGAAGUUUUUACAGAUGGACCAGAAGGAGUCCUGGGCGUCAGAUCUGAGUCGUGUCAGAGAGUUCCUUACAGGGUACAUGAGGGGCGGACCGCAGUCUGAACCCAUGCUACAACUUGAUGAGUUCCUGACAUUCCUGUUCUCCAAAGAGAACUCUGUAUGUGACCCUCGACUCUCGCCUGUUGUUGCUGAUGACAUGAAAAGGCCGCUGUCUCAGUACUGGAUCUCCUCUUCACACAACACCUACCUGACAGGUGACCAGUUUUCCAGUGAAUCAUCUCUAGAAGCCUACGCCCGCUGCCUCAGGAUGGGCUGCCGCUGCAUUGAACUGGACUGCUGGGACGGACCUGACGACCUGCCUAUCAUCUACCAUGGUCACACGUUAACCUCCAAGAUCAAAUUCCUGGAUGUGCUGCACACCAUCAAAGAACACGCCUUCGUCACAUCAGAGUAUCCUGUGAUCUUGUCCAUUGAGGACCACUGCAGUGUGGUCCAACAGAGGAACAUGGCCACUCACUUUAAGAAGGUGUUUGGAGAUCUGCUGCUCACCAAGCCAGUCGAUAACAGCGCAGAGGAGCUUCCCUCACCGUACCAACUCCGCAGGAAGAUCCUCAUCAAGCACAAGAAACUGGUGGAAGGCACGCUUUAUGAGGAGGUGACAUCAGCCAGCUACUCCGAGAAUGACAUCAGCAACUCCCUGAAGAACGGCAUCCUUUACCUGGAGGAUCCCAUCGACCACACGUGGACUCCACACUAUUUUGUCCUGACCAGUAACAAGAUUUACUACUCAGAGGAAACGUCUCACUACCAGACAGCUGAUGAAGAGGAGGACGAUGAAGGAAAAGACGAGUGUAACAACAACGAUCAGCACUGUGCAGAGCGCUGGUUCCACGGGAAGUUGGGUGGAGGGCGUGACGGCAGACAGGUGGCUGAGAAGCUCCUACAGGAGUACUGCGAGGGCGGAGCCAAAGACGGCACCUUCCUGGUUCGGGAGAGUGAGACGUUUGUGGGAGACUACACCCUCUCCUUCUGGCGCUCUGGUCGGGUCCAACACUGCAGGAUCCAUUCACGUCAGGAGUCCGGCUCCACCCGCUUCUACCUGACUGACAACCUGGUGUUUGACAGCCUCUACCGCCUCAUCUGCCACUACAGAGACACGCCUCUGCGCUGCAACGAGUUUGAGAUGAGGCUGGGCAACCCUGUGCCUCAGCCCAACGCACACGAGAGCAGAGAGUGGUACCACUCUAGUCUGUCUCGUGUUCAGGCUGAACACAUGCUGAUGCGUGUCCCCAGAGAUGGAGCGUUCCUGGUGCGAAAACGCAGUGAACACAACUCGUAUGCCAUCUCCUUCAGAGCGGAGGGGAAGAUCAAACACUGUCGCAUCCAUCAAGAAGGCCGUCUCUUCAUGUUGGGCAGUUCAGCAGAGUUUGAGAGCCUGGUGGACCUUGUGAGCCACUAUGAGAAACAUCCUCUGUACCGCAAGAUGAGGCUCCGCUACCCCAUCAACGAGGACACAUUGGACCGCAUGGGCACCACAGAGCUCGACUACGGUGCGCUGUAUGAGGUCCGCACUCCUCACUUCUACGUGGAGGCCAAUAAGAUGCCCACAGCACGGUGUACGGUCAAAGCUCUGUAUGACUAUCGAGCUCAGAGGGAAGACGAGCUCUGUUUCCCAAAACAGGCGCUCAUCCUCAAUGUGGAUAAGCAGGAGGGUGGCUGGUGGCGAGGUGACUACGGAGGAAAGAAGCAGCUGUGGUUUCCUGCAAACUACGUGGAGGAGGUUCCCAGUUCUCCCACCAGAGAGCUGGACGAAGCAUCUACAGAGAACAGUCCACUGGGAACAUUCCUCAAGGGCUUCAUCGAUGUACCCACCUGUCAUGUCGUGGUGCACAAGGAUGGGAAGAAUUCGCGGCCCUACGUGUUCACAAUCCACUCCCAGCAGCUGACGUCUCACCCGGUUCAGACCCUGGAUGUGGCAGCCGACAGUCUGGAGGAUGUGACCAGCUGGGUCAGCAAGAUCAGAGAGGCCACACAGAACGCUGACGCACGGAUGCAGGAGGAGAAGCAAAUGGAGAGGAGGAAGAAGAUCGCAGUGGAGCUGUCUGAGCUUGUGGUCUACUGCAGACCUGUCCCCUUCAACGAGGACAAGAUCGGGACAGAGAGGGCGUGUUACCGGGACAUGUCGUCAUUUCCAGAGACAAAGGCAGAGAAGUUUGCAACGCGCAGCAAAGGGAAACGCUUCCUGCAGUACAACCGUCGUCAGCUUUCCAGAGUUUAUCCACGAGGACAGAGGCUGGACUCAUCCAACUACGACCCGCUGCCCAUGUGGCACUGUGGCUCCCAGCUGGUCGCACUCAAUUUCCAGACUCCAGAUAAACCCAUGCAGCUGAACCAGGCCUUGUUUAUGCUCGGAGGUGGCAGUGGCUUCGUCCCCCAGCCUGAUGUCAUGAGGGAUGACGCCUUUGACCCUUUCGACAAAGACACCCUACACGUGGAGCCAAUCACCAUCCAGUUACAGGUGCUGGGAGCCCGUCAUCUGCCCAAGAAUGGCCGCAGCAUCGUCUGUCCCUUUGUGGAGGUGGAGAUCUGUGGAGCUGAUUAUGACAGCUACAAGUGCAAAACAGAUGUUGUAGCUGAUAACGGUCUGAAUCCUGUGUGGGUGCAGAAGCAGUUUGUGUUUGACAUCCACAACCCUACCUUCUCAUUUUUACGCUUCACUGUCUACGAGGAGGACAUGUUCAGUGAUCCUAACUUCCUGGCGCAGGCGACCUUCCCUGUCCGUCUGCUACGAACAGGCUACAGGAGUGUCACUCUGAGGAACAGCUACAGUGAAGAGCUGGAGCUGGCAUCACUUCUGGUCCAUAUAGAGAUUGUCAAUGCAAAGGAGGAAGACGAUGAAAACCUAUACAUGUCCAUCCAGCGGCUGCGGGAUCGAACCAGCGAGCUGUCCAGCCAGGUUUCCCUCCUGGAGAGGUCGGGCUCGGGGGAUCUCAGCUACCAGCAGAGUCUGGAGGAACUCAGAGCGGCUCAGGACCAGCUGAGUGAGCUGGUGGAGGCGCGAAACCGCAGGCUGAUGGAGAAGAAGAGGAGGGAGAAGCUGAGGCAGCAGGUGGCAGCGAAGCGCAGCUAAUCCUUCCGUCCAUCAGAGAGCACUACACUCACACAAACGGUGCCUGACACUCGCUGCCACCAGAGCUGUGCAGCAUCAGCCUGAGGAGACAACAGGCUCUCUGCGGUGGCAACAUGCAAUCUGUUUAUAACUGGAAAUAGAAACAUGUUCUGUCAAGAUAAACAUGUGAGACGUUGAAGCACCGAGCUGAAUAGCAGAGCAAAAAGUGACGAACAGAAGCAUCUCAUGGACUAAAAGUAAAACCUCACAAAACUAAGCUAUAAAAACAAUCAUGGACUCAUGACUGAAACACAUUAAGAGUAAACUGGAGAUGAGUUCCUUCUGAUGAUUUCAGGAAAACAAUGUAGACAGAGAGGGGAAGAGUCAAGGGACAGAUUUCUAAAUGUUGUCACUAUGACAACUAAAGCUCAAACAAUUAGUUGAUUAAUCGAUCAGCAGAAUAUUAAUAUGCAACAAUUUUGAUAAUGGAUUAAUUAUGUAAGUCAUUUUUAAGCUGCUUUUUCUCUGUUAUGUGAUCAUAAACUCAUAAUUUUUGUGUUUUGGACUGUUGGCCAGACAGAACAAGCUAUUUGAAGAUGCCACCUUGAUCUUCAGGAAAUAUUAACGCUCCAGUGUCUACGAUUUAGGAGGAUAUACAGGUAUAAAUGGAAUAUAAAAUAGUAAUUAUAUUUUCUCUGGUGUAUAAUCACCUGAAACUAAGAAUUAUUGUGUUUUUGUUAUCUUAGAAUGAGCUGUUUAUAUUUACAUAGGGAGCAGAUCCUCAUGUGCGGAGUCCGUCAUGUUGCACCACCAUAUUUCUACAAUAGCGCAGAACAGACAAACCAAACGCUGGCUCUAGAGAGGGCCAUAAGUGUUUUAGCAUCAGCCACCGCACUUAGCAGCCCCACCGCGAUGAGUCAGACUGUUGGAGAAACACCAAUUUUUAAUGUAAAAUGUCUUUAUUCCGUGUUUAUACUGGUUUAAAUGACCUUUUCCAUUUGUUUUGGAGAGGAAGACCCUCUGCGGAUCAUUUCAGCUACCGUUGAAAACCUCCUAAACAUCCGGUUUAUCAGAGAAAGUUAUCAGAGAAAAAAAGGUGCGCAUAGAUUAGCAGUUGCUGGGCUAGCAGCUCAUCUGCAACAUGCUGAAAACUUAUUUGUAGCGUGAAACUGCUUUAUUCAGUGUUUUUACAGGCUUUAAUCAUCAUCAUCAUUUGUUACGGAGAGGGAGAGACCUCGGCGGGUGAUUUGGCUCCCAGUAAAAAGCUCUUGA